GACAAGAGAUAAGUAAAAGGCGAUCUCCAGUGCAAGGAAGAGAGCAGACCAACAACAUCGAAAAGCGACUCCCUAUGCAUGCCACUAACUUUGGAAAGCAGCACAACUCGAGAGCUACACAGGGAACAAACCUUUACGCUUACAUUUCAGAAAAAAACAACUUGGACACGCAGUUUCCCGAAACAACACUUUUACAACGGUUUCGUUUACGACACACUUUAAAACAGACAAUUCGCUGUUUCAAGGGUUUCUAUUUUUUAUUAUUAAAAAAGGAGGAAACCUCAAUUUUAAAGUCUGACAUUUCCCCCAAAGGACUUUGUAAAUGACGGCAGAAGUUCAACAACCAUCUUCGCAGACCCCUGCCCAGAGCAGCCCUAUGUCUGCAGCUACGGAAAAGCCGAACGGACAGACCUCAGUGAUGGAAAGCGCCUCUACUACCACCAAAAACAAGAAGACUAAUGCUGGAAUCAGACGGCCAGAGAAGCCCCCUUAUUCCUAUAUCGCUCUGAUAGUGAUGGCAAUACAGAGCUCUCCAUCUAAAAGGCUCACGCUGAGUGAGAUCUAUCAGUUCCUCCAAAGCCGCUUUCCUUUUUUCAGGGGUUCAUACCAAGGAUGGAAGAAUUCAGUGCGUCACAAUUUGUCCCUAAAUGAGUGCUUUAUCAAGCUGCCAAAGGGUCUUGGCAGACCGGGGAAGGGUCACUAUUGGACCAUUGACCCCGCCAGCGAAUUCAUGUUUGAGGAAGGUUCAUUCCGAAGAAGGCCACGUGGCUUUAGGCGAAAAUGCCAAGCGCUCAAACCCAUGUACAGCAUGAUGAAUGGACUCGGGUUCAACCAUAUUCCAGAAUCCUACAACUUCCAGGGUACCGGGGGCUCUCUCUCCUGCGCGCCAAACAGUCUGUCUUUGGAAAGUGGCAUCGGCAUGAUGAACGGACAUUUAGCAGGAAACGUGGACGGGAUGGGUUUAGCAGGACAUUCUUUGUCACAUUUACCGUCCAACACUGGACAUGGCUACAUGGGAAGCUGUACAGGACCUUCGGGAGGAGAUUACUCCCACCACGACAACUCGGUGCCAGCCUCGCCUUUGCUCACCGGCGGGGGUGUGAUGGACCCUCACUCGGUGUACUCAAGCUCGGCCUCAGCUUGGGCACCCACAGCUUCAGCCUUGAAUAACGGGGCAUCCUACAUCAAACAGCAGUCCCUGUCACCUUGCAAUCCCGGGGCAAACCCUUUGCAACCCAGCCUGCCGACACACUCCCUGGACCAAUCUUAUCUUCAUCAAAACGGCCACAAUACCACAGACUUACAAGGCAUCCCGCGGUAUCAUUCCCAGUCACCCAGUAUGUGUGACAGGAAGGAGUUCGUCUUUUCUUUCAACGCCAUGACUUCAUCGGCAAUGCAUUCGGCUGGAAGUGGCUCAUACUACCACCAGCAGGUCGCUUACCAGGACAUCAAACCGUGCGUCAUGUGAUGGUGCGUUGGACCACAAUAACACGAACGCAUUCUAACGUAGAGGAAGUCACUAAAACUGUUCUAUAAAGGUGACAAACAAAGGAGCGCAUGGGCUCCCGAGAACUGCUUAAUAAAACAUCCCCUGUCCUAGACAAAACAAAAAUAAUCCAGUUAAACAACGGGGAACAGUUCGAAAUCUAAGGAAGGCGAGAGAACCUUGUGCAGUAACAUUUGUACAAAAUAUCAAAGUUUUCUCACAUGCAUGUAAAAAAAAUAAAAAAAUAAAAAAGCAUGCGUAUGCACCAGUUUCUAAAAGGUAUUUAAUUCCAAACCAAGCCGUUACAGACUAUUUAGACAUGGACACGCUCCAAAAAAACAACAUUAUGAAGACUGAAAAUCUUAGGCAUCAUGUCAACUUAGAUGCUGCUGCGUGCUAUCAAGUUAACCAAGAAGACUGGUAAAAGUGUAUAUUGCAAUGCACCACUUACUGCGACCAGGUUUUGGUACUACUCAACUCUGCUGGCAGAUAACUACCACUGUUGUACCUGUAUUGUGUUACAGGAGCCGAUUUUAAAGGAGACACCGAGAACCGAAUUUGUUCGUUUCUUACCAGUGUAACUGUUUGAGUUUACAUAGACUCGGCGCAGAAGCUAUUUCAAAGCUUACUAUAUAUAUAUAGGACACGCUAGUGCCUCAAGACUGUUUCAGUUUUUAUGGAUAAUUAAAGUGCUUUGAGAUUAUUUUUGUUAUAAAUGAGUAAUUUGAUGCAGAAUUAACGUUUGCAGAGAAAUGAAGGCACUUUUAUAUCAAAGCGCAACCUGUUAUUUAUUCUGCAUAUUUGCUUUUAACCGUAAAUUUACCGUAGCCUCUAAAUAUCAGUAUUGAAUGUUUUGUACUUUAUUCGCAAUAUUUGCCAUGAAGAAUUAAAAAAAAAAAAAUCAUGUAGAAAAACGUUUAUAAUGUGCGUUUAUCCAUAUUGUACACCUAUGUUAUUUUUCUGCACUGUAUAAAUUGUAAAUUGUGUAAUGUCUUAUGUUUUUAACUGAGCUAGUUUCUUAAACGUCUGUAAAUACACAGUAUUGCAUUAUUGUAAAUAAAAUGUUGGCAUGCAGUUUGAGUGGAACUGUUAGAAACACCUAUAAACAAUUUAUUCAGAAAUAA